AAGAAAGGCCACUCGAGUUGUGAAAUCCUCCUUAAUGGUGUGAUGCGAAUCAUAUAAACAGUGCUCAAGUGGACUUGAGAAGUCAUUUCUUGUUCAUAACGAUUAAGUGACUAAAGUAAGGACUGCAUUGCAUUGUAUGUUCGUGCGGAAUUAAGUUAUGAGAGAAUGGCCCGCCGAAAUUUCGUGAUCACCGCCCUCGUGUUGGUUUGUGUAGCAUUUGUGCUCAGCGUCGUUGGGUAUGCCAUUCCGUACUGGGAGAGUUUGUCGAACGGACUGACCAGUGUGCACACAGGAUUGUGGAAGGUGUGUUACUUCAAUGGUGGCGAAAACACAUGUGAAGACGUAUCUCUCUUAUAUGGUUCAGAGAUUCCCUCUUGGCUUUAUGUUGUUCGUGCGUUCGUCCUGCUGGGUAUACUCGGGGCUAUAGCGGCAGGCGCGCUGACCUUUAUGUACUUGAGGCAGGAUUCGAACCUGUGGGCCCUGUCAUCUACCAUAGUGACAUCGGGAUCAUGGGUGAUGCUUGUUAUCGGCGUUGCAACGUAUAACACCAAUAGGACCGGACUUCUCAACUUGGCGGCAUCCUUCUACUUGGUGUCAUUUUCGGAUCUGCUGUGCCUCCUAUCGGGGAUCUUAUUGAUAGCUUCAUGGCGACUCUCGCCUCCCGGAUAUCAAAGCAUGUAAUACAGGACAUUCAUUAUAUAAUAUUUGUAUUCUUCAACAAAAUCUAUUUAGAUUUCCAUUUUGUUACUUAAGUGUUUCGAGAUCGCCAUCUGUCUAUCAAGGAUUAACAUCAACACAUAUGUAAAACACAACUUUAAACAAAUUGAAUACACUCAAGACAUCUGAGUUUAUGCACAUAUAUACAUGCUUUAUGUGCGAUUUUGUCUGAUCGGUUUUCGUCUAUAUGAAUUAUCGCACCCAGCCAUUUUUUUUCGAAAAAAAAGUGUAUGGCCUUGCAAGAGGACAAAUAUGAAAUUAUUACAUAAACGAUUGUUUACUGA